CAGGCACCGAAUUUCUUCCCGACAAGCCUUUUCUCGCUGCCUAUUGCCCCUUGUAUUUCGCGAUAUAUUAGGAGAAGCUACACCCUCUCUGCCGCUUUCGAACCAGACCCUUUCCACCCUCAAGUCCCUCGAUAUCAAAACACCAUGGCCCCGCCAACCCCCCUCGCUAUCGCCACGAGCUCCGUCAACCGGCUCCUCAAGGAGGAAGCCUCGUACCACAAGGAGGUUGAACAAGAGGAGGCUUCUAUCAAGGCCCUGAAGGAAAAGAUCGAGAGCGGACAGGGCGAUGAGGACGGCAAUGGCACGUAUAUGCUCAAGCAGCAGCAAACCGCCCUGGAACAGACCAAGGCCGUCUUCGAGCCCCUACGAAAGAAGAUCGUCGCCGCCGUCCAGAAGCUGGAAGAGCAGAUCACCGUGAGCGAGCAGACCGGCGGACAAGAGGAGCAGGUGCAGCUGGCCAAGGAGACGUUGGAGAAGGCUAAGGCGGCUCAGAACGGCGCAUAG